AAUUCAAAACAAUUGAAAACUCGGUGGCCAAAUUAAAACCUUCUAUGGCCACCCUCUAAUUUUCCCUGUCCCCCCUCCUCGCCUAAAUCGGAGUCGACGGCCCAUUUGCUCUUCAUAUCCUCUGCGUCCAUCGGAGAUGUCGAUAAGGGGAAGAAGAGUCUCCGGUAGGGUUGAAACGACGGCGGCAAACUACGCCUUUGGACCCCUCGAGGAUGACAUAAUUAUAAAACAGAGGCUUCUCACACGCACCACCACCACCAGAGGCGAACCGCCAUUGAAGAAGAUUCAAAAGAAGUUCACGUCCUUCGCAGUUGAGACGAACAAGGAAGAGGACAACUACUCCGACUGCGCAAAACUGGCCAAGGCGUUCUUGCAGGAGCUGUACACUUUCGAGAUCCCGCUCCUCAAGAGUAGAGUCGUCAUUGAUGCUAAUGUUAGAGAGAAGGAGAACUUCGACGAGCUCAAGGACGAGAUUGAUAAGCAGAUUUUGCAGGCGCAGGUUGACAUUCAAGACCUAAAGAAGCAGCUGGAGGAGAGUAAGAUUGAGAGGCAGCACAAGGAGGAGUGCGAGGCUAUCAGGAGAUUGAUUGCGAUGCAGCCACCGAGGUCGGAGACACACAAGUCUAUAACAGAGCUCGAGAAAGAGAUUGCGGCAUUAGAGGCUGAGAAUACUGCUACCUCCAGGUUGCUCGAGCUUCGAAAGAAACAAUUCGCUCUCUUGCUUCAUGUGGUGGAUGAGUUGCAAAAUACUAUAGAGGAAGAUCAAAAGAAUUUGAUUGAGGAAAUGAGAGUGGCAGCUGAAGAUCUGAAGAGUGGGAUGGAGGAUGCUAGUGGUGGCUCAGAGGCGAUGGUUGUUGAGUAGUGGUAUGUAUGUUGCAUGCCAGUCUUGUAGUUACAAUACGUGGUAUUUUCAAGCUAUCUAUUCCUUUUCUACUUAUUCUGUAAGGGCUUUCUUUCAGACUUUCAAUGUCAGUAGAAAUUUCACUAUUGCUGUAAAUGCAAUGCUCGUAGGUCUGAAGGAUUGUUUUGCAAAUGUGAUGCUAAUUGUCGAAGUAAGAAAGGAUGAGGUUAUUAAGUAAAGAAACUGCUAAUCAUAGAAAUUGUGAGAAUUUUAAAGUGUCGCAUUUAGAUUA